GUUGACAAUUGAUAGCUACCAAAUUGACAUUUUAAAGCAUUUCAAAAGCAAACGUACUAUUUUUCCUUUUUCCUCAUCAAAUUCAAAUUUUCAUUAACAAAAUAUAUUCCAAUUAUUAAUGCUUGUUUCUGACCAUUUCGUAUUUUAGGAUAUUUGGUUUUUCUCUACGAAAUGCUUCUUUGAAAAAUGUUGAUGAUGAGUUGAGUUUACACAUAACAAUGAAUGAUUUGGAAGUACCGAAGCUCAAGCAUACAAAUGGAAAUACUAUUUCCAUCAAUGAAAAUCCCUUCGUCAUUGGUCGUGCAUUAAAUUGUAACUAUGUGAUACCUAAUGCUCAAAUAUCCCGUCAUCAUUGUAGCAUUGAGAAAGCUGAUGGUGACUGGUUUUUCAGGGACAUUAGCACCAAUGGCUGCUACUUGAAUGGGGUGCUUGUAAAAAAAGACCAGAAACCUCUUUCUGAUAAUGAUGUAAUAGCUUUAUGUCUUGAUGGUAGCUAUGAUUUUACAUUUCAAACAUCCCAAUCAAGGGAUACAUCUAUAUCAGAUGAACAGUUAAAUAUGGUAGCUGAUUCUUUGGAUACAGUUUUGAGUCAAACAGAAACAUCUACAGUUCCCAUUUCUAAAACUCCUAGUAUUCCUAUUAAUGAAAGACCAGUUAGUUCAGGUGCUUCUUCACCAAAAAGAUCUAGAAUAGAGCUUGCAGCAUCAAUAAAUCAUGAGCCAAUAACAACUGGUGUGAAUGAAGUAGAGGUAACAACAGUUCCAAUUUCUGAAAUUUCUAGUGUUUCUGUGCAACAUGUAUCAGUUAUAUCAGUUCCAGAUACCAGUCCUUCCCCAAAAACAUAUAGAUUAGCUCUCUCAUCAUCAGUAAAUAAUGUAGAUAAUACCUCCAAUAUUGUACCAAGCACUGCAACCUUACCUAUCUGUGAUAAUCCUGAAAUAAAUCUACAAAAUACCUCAACUAUAUCAGAUACUAAUACAUUACCAGUCCCAAUAGAAAUUAUACAACCAUCUAGCUCAGUAGAAAAACCAGAAGAAUCUAUCAUAAUACCCCCUUUGCCUGAGCAGCAAUAUGAGGAAAUGGAGGAUGAAAUGAUGUGCUCAAUAUGUUCAGACAUGUUCUUUAAGGCUGUAACCCUGAACUGUGCGCAUACUUUUUGUAAAUAUUGUAUAGAAAAGUGGAAAAAGAAUAGAAAUAUAUGUCCUAUAUGUCGGGCAAAAAUAACCACCAUGAAUGCUACACUGGUCUUAGAUAAUGUCAUACAAAAGAUUGUGAAAACAUUACCAGAAGACCAGCAAAAGCGACGAGUUGAAGUCUUGGAAGAAAGAGAAAGAGAACUACGACCUCCCCCUGUAACCCAAACAGUGACCAGAGGCAGGGGGAGGGCAACGAGAGGCAAUAGAGGUGGGAGGGGUAAUGCUCGUGGCAACCUGUAUACUUAUAAUCCCCAACCUCGGAUGGCCCAACCCAAUGUUCCCAGAUUUCUUAAUCCACCACCCGCGAGCCGUGGUGUAGCUAAUCCCCCUCACAUUGCUACAAUUAUGCGUAUACUUCAGGCUCAGGGCCAGCAGCUGGUAAUCCGACUGCCUUGGCACCUUCAGAACCGAUAGAAGUUAGCGACGAGGAGGAAAGCGAUGACGGUAAUGGCACUGACAUUGAGCUGACUGACGGCUCAGAUGAUUAUUGGGAUGACGACGAUGACGAUGUUUAUCAACGGUGAGUAAUAAAUGAUAUUUGGAAAUCAUGGGAGGCUGUCAUUAGUCACGUUCCUCAGGCGUAGCAUAACUCCUUUUUACCAUUGAAAUUGGCAUUUAGCUCAGUAAAUGAACACUUUUGACCUAACAUAAAUUCUAUAAUGGAUGAAAAUUUGAGUUUGGGUUAUUUAAGUAUUGUUCUUUAGCAUGUCGAAAAGUUCCGGAUCCUAC